AAAUAUGGCGCUGGCGCAGGCAGACGGAAACCAAAAUGUGAAAACUUAAAUGAAAGAAAUAACCGAGAACUGAUUUGCCGCCCAUAAUGGACGAUGGAACUCGCGCUGAUUCUUCAAAUGCGACGAUCACCAUCGCUAUAUGCAGAGCAACCUUGGGAAAUGCGACCAAUUCUGUAAUUGUUACCUCAUGCAAUAUAAGCGACGACUCGACUCGGAAAAUUAGGGUGGGCCGAGCCGAGCAUCCGAAUGACGAGUCGUUUCUCUCUGUGACUCAUGAAACGAUUUCUCAGCUGCACUGCGAGUUAGAUUUUGAUUCAGAUAGAAGAGAUGUAAAUACAUUUAAAGUCGUGGACAGAAGUCGCAAUGGAGUUCUAGUGAAUGGUCAUAAACUGACUAAGAACGAACCCACUAGCGUUCAUUUCGGUGACCCAAUUUUGAUUGGCAAAAAGUCUGUGGAUGAUUGUGUGUGGCUUAAAGUUGAAAGACAAUCUGAGAUUGCACUACCUGAGACACUUGUUUCGCAGAUAGACGAGACACAAGAAUUCGAUGUGACCGAAAACCAAGAGUCCGAAAUUAACGCACCGGUGUCAGAUCUUAUCCAAAGCCAACCUAACGUCAGUAGUUCAAAUGCAGUCACAGGCUCAGUACAAACAUAUCAGAACAAUCUCGUUGAUAACAUCGUAGAUACCAACGAGGCAAACAUAAUUUCCGUCAAAACAGCAGAAUUAGAGAACUCGGAAUCUACGGAUAAAAGGGCUGCUAGCUGUAAUGUAUAUUCUGAAAAUGGGCAAAAAAGACAAGCUGAGAAUAAACUGGAAGAUGAAGCACCUAGUUGUUCUAAAACUGCGAAAAGUGACUGUUCCAGCGGCACAGAUCAGCGUGAAGAAAUUGUGAAAGAAAAAAGUGAUGAUACUGGGGUUAAAGUUGAAGAAACGGGUUCGGAUAGCGAUGGGCAGAACAUGUUCGGCUGUGAACUCAAAUGCUCCAUAUGCACUGAAAUAUUCCAUCAACCAGUGUCUUUGCAGCCGUGCAUGCAUACGUUUUGUGGCGGGUGCUACUCGGGCUGGAUGACCAAAUCCGAAAAGUGUCCCUCGUGUCGUCACUCAGUGGAAAAGAUCAGCAAGAACAGACUGGUGGCCAAUCUCUGUGAGUCUUACUUGAACACUCAUCCGCAGGAAAGGAGGCACGAGCAGGACUUAAAACAGCUGGAGUUAUUGAAUAAGGUGACAGAGGAUGUAAUCACUCAGCCGGAGGUGGUUGCGGGUAGUUAUGAAUUUGACUGGACAAAUCAGAGGAGCAGCAGUUCGAGCGAAGAGGAGCAGGACUUGGAAGACGAGGAAGAAGUUAAUAGUGAUGAUGAUGAGUUUAUGGAAUAUGAGGACGCUGAACCGAUGUUGUUACAAUCAAGGCGUGCGCGGGAAAGGUUUGAAAGGAUCAGUCAAGGCCGUCUUUCAAACCGGCACAGCAUCUUGCCUGUAAUAACGUGCCUCCAGUGUCCUUCCAGACAACAUGGUCUCACAGUGCCAGAAACUAUGCGACCCUACACUUGUCCGGCAACUAAUGCGAGACACUUGACAUGCCAAUGUUGCGCCAGAUUUAUGCCAGAUCGCAGAGCAAGAGUAACCUUGUCAAUGCAAGGGGUUGUUGCCGUUGAUGCUGGUAGUGCAGAGAACAAUGAAAUAGGCAGUUCAUCUUCAUCAUCCGCAUCAAGCAGCAACAACAGCAGUGUACAGCAAGAAUGGCUGACCCAGAUGUGCUUCAAAUGCAGCAAGCCUUUUUGCAGACUCUAUUUUGGCACCUGUGAUUCAGGAAAUAGGCCUGGCUGUGUAACGUGCAUCGACUACUUCAAGGAAUUCCGGUUUACGGUGCACGAGUUCAACGCCAUGUUAAAUGGAAACAGAUAUGAGUCCCUCAUUCUCCAAGACUAUCUCAGGGACAGAGAAAUCAGUCUGGCAGAUUUCUUCGUAGACCAUAUUCUCACCCAACUACCAUAUAUGGAGAGUGACUCGAUUACUGCAACAUCGCCUCAACCCUUAACCGCCGACACCAUAAUUUGCCGACAAUGUGCCAUACGAAGUGCUGGACUUCUGUGCUACGAGUACCGAAAACGAAUUCCCGAAGAUCAGCUCCCGAGGACUGUGACGAAUCGACCGAAUUGUUGGUACGGCAGAAAUUGUCUCACCCAGAGAACGCGAGAUCACCAUGCGCGUAACUUCAACCACAUUUGCGAUCAAACGAGAUAGUUCAAAAAGCUACCAGAACUGAUUUUCGAAUAACUAGAUUUGAAUUUUUUCUCUUGCUAGCUAGAGCUGGCAAGUAAUGUUGAUUAGAUUAUUGGGUCCUGAAUUUUUUCCAAAUUAGAAUUAAUGAUUUAUUGAUUUUCAAUUGCAAAUUUGUGGACUGCACAUUUGAAAUGAUGAUUUUAAAAAUUCACUGUACAAAGUAAAUU